AUGGGACUAACAAGAAAGAAAGACAAAACAAAGGCAAAGCUGUGCAAGGAGCGAGUUAAGUCGUUGGUGUUUGUGGAGGAGGAAAGAGAGACAUACCUCAAAGCGCAAAAAAAGAGAAAAAUAACGGCAAAAAAGCAGAAAUACUUGUUAAUGGAGGAGCAGAAGAAAGAAGCGAAAAAAGAAAAGCGAAAAGAGUACCGAAGAAGAGAAGCUGACAGAGCAGAAAUAGCACAAAGAGUGAUUGAGGCCUCAAUGCAAAAGGAAGAAGAAACAAAAGAGCGCAUAGGAAAUGCAUAUGUCACGAUACGUGAGCUAUAG